AUGAUGGAUGACGGUUGUACUGCAGAAGUUAUUGCCAACCGCGAUGAGCCCAUUCCCGUCAUCUCGGUCAAGAGACAUGACACCAAGUCACAUCGGCAUGGCAGGUCAGAGUCUUUGCAAGACAAGUUAUUCUCCAAGUUGACUAACAAUGUUAAUGCAAGGCUUCUGGAGCAAGUCAUCCCCGCAGAAGAUGUAGACAAUGAAUCAGUGUCGGGAGGCGACAAGCGUACGAUUGCAGAUGUCAAGCGGCCUGCCUUUAGCCUUCCUUUGAUGGCUAAUAAUUUUCGUCGCUUCAACGCCAGGAUCGGGGUCGUUUUCCAUUUCCAGAACCGAAUUGAACGCCUGCUAAGCUGGAGAAAAUCCUCCCAUACAUUUUCUUUCCUUUUUGUCUAUUCGUUCAUAUGCCUGGAUCCUAAUCUCCUGGUGGUACUCCCCAUCACUGUCAUUCUACUCUUCAUCAUGGUCCCGGCCUUCGCGGCACGCCAUCCACCUCCUCCUUCAAUGUCUACUUCCAGCACCACACCAUAUUACUCAUACCAGGGUCCUGCACUUGCGCCUGCAAAGACUAUCAAGCCAGCGUCUGAGACAUCGAAGGAUUUUUUCAGAAACAUGCGCGAUCUUCAGAACGUCAUGGCCGACUUCUCUGAUGUGCACGAUGCGACUAUCUCUCUAUUUGCACCCAUGACCAACUUCUCGAAUGAAAAGCUCUCAUCCACUGUUUUUCUCAUGCUAACAAUCACUGCUGUACUACUGUUUCUGACAGCACAUCUCUUGCCGUGGCGGUUUAUUCUACUACUCGGUGGCAAUGCGGCCGUCCUAUCCAGCCACCCCGGCCUACAAGAAUUCUUGCAGAACCUCCUAGGAGACAGUAGCGGCGAUGUGAAAGCCGAACCGCAGGCUGACCGAGCGGGAAAAAAGAACACUCCAGACAUGUAUGGGUUGGCGUUGCCGUCAAACCCAUCCGCCGCCGUAGCGUUGCUUGAUUCAUUAGCUGAUAUUUCUCUGGAUUCAUAUCCCGAAGAGCGUGAGGUAGAGAUUUUCGAGAUCCAAAAUCGCUCCCUAGCUCCUUAUUCCGAAUCAGAGUGGGAUCAUUUCAUUUUCAGUCCGGUGCCAUACGACCCCUUGUCACCGUCCCGAAUCGCAGGAGACCGCCCGAGAGGAUGUCGUUUCUUCGAAGACGUUCAGCCUCCACCUGGCUGGGCCUGGAAGACAAAGAAGUGGAAGUUGGACCUUGACUGCCGCGAAUGGGUUGUUGAGCGCAUGAUCACCGGAGUAGGCUUUGAGAUACCCGGAGCUGGCCCAGAAGGAAGCAUGGCCAGUGAAGAGAUUGGAGGCUGGGUUUGGGAUCUACCUUCUCAAUCUCCGUCCAGAGACGAGGACGCCGUGGCGACUGCACUAGGGUAUCAAGAUUAUGGCUCAGCCUCGAAGCCCGCCUCAACUCAAGAGAAGAAGAAGAUGCAGAAAGUGAAAAGGCUGCCUGCGUAUUAUGUUGCGGCCGGUGCCGCUUUGGCUGGAUGUGUAACUAUAUUGCUCAUGCCUCUUCGCGAGCCUUCAUUUCCCUGCUAUGCUAUUGCUGCUGUUGGACAACCCUCAUCCAGCGACUUUCGCAGCCCAGAAGACAAUCUGAGAUUGUGGCAAUUCCUCAGUGUGUCAUGGAUGGCACCGCUCAUCUCUAUUGGAAGGAAACGACGAUUGGACGAGAAUGACGUCUGGUUCCUUGGCUUCGAAUUUCAACAUCGCAGGUUACAUGAGAAGUUUCGUCGACUUAAAGGCUCAGUGAUUGGUCGUCUGCUUCGUGCAAACGGAAUUGAUAUUGCGAUUGUUUCCACCAUUGCAAUUGUGCAGAUGAUAUGCGACUUCGCGACCCCAAUCUUGUUGCAGCAACUCCUUCAAGCCAUGCAGGACAUGAGCUCAGGGAAACGUCCUGCCAUGACGUAUGCGCUGGUCACUCUCGUCCUUCGUGUGGUUGCGGCGCAAUCGCAAGUUCUCAACCUUUGGUACGGUAGACGAUGCUACGAAAGGAGCAGAGGGGAGAUGAUCAUGAUGGUCUAUGAGAAGGCACUCUCCAGGAAGAACAUUUUUGAGCCUCAGUUAGAACAAAAGGAUGAAGGGGUCGCAAACGAAGAGCCUGACGAAGAAGAUGCCGAAAAUGAAGUGGAGAUACCCAACCCCAAGCGAAGGAGACUUUGCGGCAUAUUCUCUGGGCGCCAGCAAACCACGAAAAAGGCGGCUAAAUCGGCUGCCUCGAUGGGCAAGAUUUUCAACCUGCUACGUGGUGAUGUCUACGAAGUCGCCCAGCGGUUUUGGGAAGUCGACUCCUUGAUUGACAAACCUCUAGGACUUAUCAUUGCAACCGUGCUUGUUUGGAAGCUUUUUGGGCCAUCAUGCUUCCUAGGAAUUUUGGCAAUCCUGGUCGCUCAGGCCUUGAACGCCGUCAUUACUCGUACGCUUCUUCGUUGGGAGAGAGUGCGGAGACUCGCAACAGAUGCCAGACUUCAGAUAACUUCUCAAUUUGUCGAAGCACUUCGUCACUUGCGCUGGUAUGGCUGGCAGGACCACUGGUACCGGCAGGUUAUGGAUGCUAGGCAGUUGGAGCUGAACCUUCGUAUCACCACCAGCCUAUGGAGCAUCCUUAUUCGCUUCGUGAACACUUUUGCUAGCGGCGUGUUUCCUGUGGUGGCUCUGUAUGCCUACACUCUUCUGGCUGGUCAUCCUCUCCGCAUCGAUAUUAUCUUCCCUGCCUUGCAGCUAUUUACCAUGCUAGAGACCCGCCUUAGAGAUAUCCCUGGUCUCAUAACAGUACUGAUCAAUGCAUCUAUUGCAGUCGAAAGAAUAGAGGAUUUCAUGGCCGAGCCGGACAAGGAAACAUCUGCUACCGACCCCGCCGACUCUGCUUCGAUUCACCUACAGCAUUGCUCUUAUGCAUGGCCUGGUCGAGCCGUCCCGGUGCUCUCAGAUAUCAAUUUGAGGAUGACCGAGGGUCUGACAGUUGUUUCUGGUAAGGUAGGGGCCGGAAAAACGGCCCUACUGCAAGCGCUUCUCGGCGAGCUGGACAAGAUUGGCGGCUCUUCUAAAAUCCCCAAUGAGAUGGUGGGCUAUUGUGCUCAAACACCAUGGCUCCAGAGCAUGAGUAUACGAGACAACAUCCUUUUCUCCUCGCCAUAUGAUGAGCAAAGAUAUCAGAAAGUUCUGGAUGCAUGUGCCUUGCUUCCUGAUCUCGAGAAUUUCGAGCAUGGAGACCUCUCUUUUGUGGGCGAGAAUGGCAUUGGCCUUUCGGGCGGCCAGAAGGCCCGCGUUGCGCUGGCGCGAGCACUUUAUAGUACCGCUAGGAUUUUGUUGCUUGACGAUCCACUCUCUGCUCUUGAUCACAACACUGCUGAGAUCGUGGUUCGAAAGUGCUUUAUGGGUCCUCCGAUGCAAAAUCGCGUCGUCGUUCUCGUUACACAUCGUACCGCGCUGGUCAGUCAUAUUGCCGAUCAAAUAGUCCAUAUUGAAGAUGGUCGAGCUACAAUUCACGGUAAACAGGCUUUGUCUAUGGAUUCAGCCGCUGAUGAACAUGUUCAAUCACGUUCGGCAAAGACGGCCCUGGCCCAAAGUGAGAUUCAAGGCGCGCUUCGAGAGGCUGCGGCUUCGGCUCCGACACAGUUUAUCGAGGAAGAGCACCGUUCGGAAUGGGGUGUACAAGCCCGAGUCUAUUGGAACUACAUCAGGGCUGGAAGAUACAGAUGGUGGAUUUCACUAGUAUUCAUCUUGGCCAUUUAUCGAUUGACGUCGGUAGGACAAUCGUGGUUCCUAAAGGAGUGGGGUGAAGCCUACAACCAAACUCUCCAGGCGUUCAGCCAUUCUACCCCCGAAGGCAGAUAUUCCGCAGGAGAAUGGAUUGUACCGUAUGGAUGGUCCCAGGUGUUCCGUUGGAACCCAACCGAUCCACUGGAAAACCUGCCAGCACCAUUCGAAGACGUGCGUCCUUGGCUUCUGGUCUUCUUCGUGAUCACAACGUUUCAAUCGGCCAUGCUUCUGUUUGCGCAACUCUUGAUGCUGGUCAUUGUCUACUGCGCAGGCAAGAAGCUCUUUCAUGAGGUCAUGGUUCGAGUGAGCCAUGCAACUUUCCGCUUCUUCGAUGUCACUCCUAUCGGCCGCUUGAUGAACCGACUGACGUCGGAUAUUGGAGUGGUCGACGGAAAUAUUAGCGAACAAUUCCAAGCUAUUGCAUUCCAAGCCAUCACCUGGAUUUCCUCAAUUGUGGUCAUAGCAUCGGUGACACCAACAUUUCUUGGAGUCUCAUUCGCUCUCACUGCGGCGUUCAUUUUCACAUUUCUUCAAUUUCUGCCAGCGUCACAGAGCCUGCGACGUCUUGAGAUGGUGUCUCUUAGUCCUUUGAUCUCGAAUUUCGGCGAGCUCCUGCAUGGUCUGACGACUGUUCGCGCCUUCCACGCAGAAGAACGCUUCCAAAACAGAGUCAUUGCGGUCGUAGACAAAUUCCAGGGCAUGGAUCAUUUCUACUGGUCGCUUCAAAGUUGGCUAAUGUAUCGAUUUGAAACCCUAUCAGCUGCGUCCACAUUUUGCCUCACGGUUCUGGCAUUAUACACCAAUGUCACUCCAGGUCUUGCGGCCUUUGUCCUGAUAGCCGCCAACAACUUUGUCGUAUCCACUCAUGCUUUGUGCAAACAAUAUGGCCAGCUACAAAUGGACUUUGUCUCGGUUGAACGGAUCGAUGAGCUGCUUCACAUCGAGCAGGAGAAUCCAGGAACCAUUGAUCCCCCGGCAUCCUGGCCGCGGUUCGGGCAGGACCUCACAUUCGAAGACGUGACAAUUCGAUACGCACCGCACCUGGAGCCUUCACUCCGCAACAUUUCUCUUCGAAUCCCCGGAGGAUCCACGACCGCCAUCAUAGGCAGAACAGGAAGCGGCAAGUCCACGCUAGCCGUCUCACUACUCAGCGUCAUUCGCCCCGAAUCGGGCCGAAUCGUCGUCGACGGCAUCGAUAUCGCGCAAGUCAAUACCCAAGCGCUCCGCACCCGCGUCACAUUCGUUGCUCAAGAUCCUGUUCUCUUCCCCGGUAGCAUCCGGUUGAAUCUCGAUCCCACCGGUGAAUAUUCGGACGAGGAGUGUGCAGAUGUGCUGAAGCGUAUCUGUAGUCGGCAUGGCUGGAAUUUGCAGACGCACGUCGAAGCCGGUGGUCGCAACCUCAGUCAGGGUGAGCGGCAGCUGAUCGGUCUCACGCGGGCCGUCUUGCGUCACAGCCCAAUCGUCAUUCUCGACGAAGCCACAGCGUCCAUCGACCAUGAAAGCUCCCUUGAGAUUCAGCAGGUCAUAAGGGAGGAACUACGGGAGUCGACGGUUAUCACCAUUGCGCAUCGGCUGGAAGCGAUCAAGGACGCGAAUUACUAUGUCGUCCUAGACCAGGGGCGGGUGUCAAAGCAUGGCUAUGUCAAUGAUCAAGGUAUAUCUCAGAUCUCAUCGUAG